GUUCUGUGUUGCCUAAGUCACUAGUUGCAAACAGAAUCAAAAAGUGACAAGAUGAAACUGAAAAAGGGAUCAUUUCUAUGGUAUCUUUACUUAGAUAAGAUAUACUGUUUACUAUCAUUGAGAAAUACCAGGAUACUGAUGGAAUAUUUCAAAAUUCUUGAUGUGCAUAGAAGGAAUGCUCUGAAUGAUGUAGUUUUCUAUCACUUUCUUCGUCAUGUGACUGACAUGAGCAAGAACCAGAUUAUGACAGUAUUUGACAUGCUGGAUUGGGAUGCCACAGGAGAGAUUGGCAUAGAUGAGUUCUACCUGGUCAUUUGCAUCCUAUUGUCCCAUGAGAAUCACUUGGAAGAGCAGUUUAUCUUUCGACAUUCAAGGUCUGUGUUUGAGCUGAUGGACAAAGAGGGAGAGCUGAGGAUUAGGUUAAGCCAGUUUGAAGACUUCCGAUUCCUCUUCAAUAUCAAAAAACAGGAAAUGGUACAAAUCUUCAAAAACUUUGAUGUUACAGGUGAUGAUGGAAAAGGGUCGGGAAAGAAUACAUACAGGAGAACACAACUCCUUCUGGUUCACUUUUUGCUGCUCAUGAACUAUUAAAAGAUGUAUGAAUCUGGUGGUGUAGAAGAUAAAGGAGAAAAAUAGAAGCUGGGUGGAGUUUAUGCCCCAUCUCUGACACAUCACUGCAAGGAAUACUGGCAAGCUGUUUAACCUUCCAAUUCAGGCAACUCUUUAAACUAUUGACAGUUUGUAAUCUGUUGAUUUUGAGAGAAUUCUCACAGCAAUGAAAUAAGGUCCUUGAAAUAUGAUUAAUAAAUGUUGCUGGAGACCAGAGACAA